UUACUACGGUCGUAAAUGUCGUAAGCAGAAGUCACCUGCCAUUGACGUGAAGCGUGGAGUUAAUCAAAUCAUCUUCAACUGAAUAUAUUGUUCUUAUUUACUUGGUUAAGCAAGCUUUACGAAUACGAGCUUAAGGAAACGCAAAUAAGAGGAAAAGAGUGACCGACAACGCCCCGCAAGGAUGUUUAAAAAAUUUGAUGAGAAGGAGAAUGUUUCAAACUGUAUUCAACUGAAGACGUCUGUAAUUAAGGGCAUAAAGAAUCAGCUGAUAGAUCAGUUUCCCAACAUCGAUGAAUGGCUCAACCAAAUCAUGCCCAAAAAAGACCCUGUCAAAAUUGUGAGAUGUCAUGAGCAUAUUGAAAUUCUUACUGUAAAUGGAGAGCUGCUUUUCUUCAGACAGAGAGAGGGACCAUUUUAUCCCACCCUCAGACUUCUACACAAAUAUCCCUUCAUCCUACCACACCAACAAGUAGAUAAAGGUGCCAUCAAAUUUGUUUUGAGCGGAGCCAACAUCAUGUGUCCAGGCCUUACAUCACCAGGAGCCAAACUCUACCCUGCUGAAACAGACAAAGUAGUCGCCAUAAUGGCAGAAGGUAAACAGCAUGCACUCUGUGUGGGAGUCAUGAAGAUGUCAGCAGAUGACAUAGAGAAAGUAAACAAGGGAAUUGGAAUCGAGAACGUUCACUAUCUGAAUGAUGGACUAUGGCACAUGAAGACAUACAAGUAAUGACAGACAUGAGUGUGUGGAUCAUUUGGACCCCUUGUCAACAGGCUGCCCAUCUACUGUUUACAUGAAUGGACUCAACUGUGUAUCAUACUGAAUGCUUUACCGCAACUCCAUUUUAAUUCACAAAUAAAACCUGCAUUGAAGUCACUUCAAACUUAAAA